AUGCUCGCGGGUCCGGCCGGCGUCGAGCAGCUCGACAAGGCGCGCAAGGUGAGCGACAAGAUCGAGGACCGCCUCGACGGGCUCGCGAGGCCCAUCAGGCCGUGGCUGCCCGGCAUGGGCCGCUUCCUCAUCGUCGUCACUUUCCUCGAGGACGCCCUCAGGAUCUUGACCCAGCUCAGCGACCAGAACUACUACCUCCAGAAGCACCGCGGCUUCCCCUGGGGCCUGUCGCACCUCUUCCUGUGGACCAACGUCUUCGUCAUGCUCGCGUGCUCGUCGGCCAUCAUCACAAAGCGGUACCCGGUGUACGCGACGGGCGGCCUGUUCGGCGUCGUCCUCGCCCAAGGGUUCGGCUACGGCCUCAUCUUCGACCUCACGUUCUUCCUGCGCAACCUGUCGGUCAUCGGCGGCCUCCUCAUGACCCUGUCCGACUCGCUGUCGCAAAAGAAGUCGUCGAUCGUCACCAACCUGACGCCCAUGGGCGUCUCGGACCAGGACCGCAAGAAGUACCUGCAGCUGUUUGGCCGCGUCCUCCUCGUCUUCCUCUUCCUCGGGUUCGUCUUCAACGGCCAGAGCGGCAUCGCCAAGGGCUUUGUCAGCGUGUCGGGCCUCGUCGCGUGCAUCUGCGUUGCCGUCGGGUACAAGGCCCGCCAGAGCGCGCUGUACCUCGUCGUCGUCCUGUCGGCAUUCAACUUUGCCGUCAACGCGUGGUGGCGCGUCCAUGCCGCGCACCCGCAGCGCGACUUCCUCAAGUACGACUUCUUCCAGACGCUGUCCAUCAUCGGCGGCCUCCUCCUCCUCAUCAACCUCGGGGCGGGCGACUUUGCGAUCGAGCAGAAGAAGCGCAUCUGA